CAAUUCAUUAACCAAAUUAGGAAAAAAAAAAAAAACUAAUCUCUAUGAAACGCUGGAUCUAAUUCCCCCAAAAUCCUAAUUCGAAAUUCCUAGAAUUCAACUACAUUGAUUUGGAAGGGAAGAGGCUUUCCUCAUUUGCCCAGAAAUGGGGGAUUUCAAUUUAGCAUUAGUGAUCGUGGCCAUUGUCGUCUGCGUUCUUGUGCUUAUCGUCAAUCUCUACCUCCUCGUCAAUUACCAGCACCCAGAUGAUGCAAAUCAGGCUUAUAUCCCCAAAUUUAUCGUCGUUUUGGGCCUCUCCAUCGCCUCCAUCUCCAUUCUUAUGCUCCCUGCCGACGUCGCCAACCGACAGGCCUGCCGCCACGCCAUUUACAACGGUGCUUGCAAUCUCACACUACCAAUGAAAGAAUUGUGGCUCGCUCUUUAUAUUCUGGAUGCUAUUCUUGUUUUCUUCGUCAUUCCAUUUGCGAUGUUUUAUUACGAAGGCGACCUGGACAAGACGGUGUGGAAGAGGAUGAAAAGCUCAUUGUUGUGGGUGAUUUCGACAGCUGUUAUUUGUGUACUUCUUCUGGGAAUUCUAUAUGGGUUUUUGGGUAAGGUGGAUUUUACUGUUAGACACCUUUCCGCAUCCACACAGGCAUUCCCAUCAUCAUGGGACUUCAGCAGUGGUCAACAAUGUGUCGGUACUGGUGCUAUACAAUGCUCAGCAUAUUCUUCCAAUGCUGCAUCUAUGACAACAUGGACCACGCGCACUACCUUCCCUGAAUAUAUUGUUGCUCUUACUACAGUCGCUGGAUCUAUUUUUUUUACUAUUUUUGGUGGCGUCGGUAUAGCUUGUCUCCCACUGGGACUUAUAACUGCAUUUAUCCACCGACCAAAAUCUGUUAUCACACGCUCCCAGUAUAUCAAGGAAGCAACUGAACUAGCAAAAAGGGCUAGAGAACUGAAGAAAGCAGGUGAUGGACUUCACCAAGAAGAAAGGAGUGGCAAUAAGGGAAGAAGAUGGCGUAAAAAUGUGAAAACUGUAGAAAAGGAGUUACUUCUUCUAGAAGAAGAUGUGAAUGCUUUGGAAGAGAUGUAUCCUCAAGGUGAACAGGCCGAAGCAACUUGGGCUUUGACUAUUCUUGGCUACCUUGCCAAACUGGUACUUGGAGUUCUAGGGUUGAUUGUUUCAGUGGCUUGGGUUGCACACAUUGUAAUAUAUUUGCUAAUCGACCCUCCUCUAUCCGCGUUUCUUAAUGAGGUUUUCAUUAAAUUGGAUGAUAUUUGGGGUCUUCUUGGAACCGUAGCAUUUGCAGUUUUUUGCUUCUAUCUCCUGCUGUCUGUGAUUACUGGAGCAAUGAUGAUUGGAUUGAAGUUGGUUUUUAUUACAAUCCAUCCUAUGAAAUGGGGAGCUACACUUAUGAACUCUUUUCUCUUCAAUGUGGGUCUCAUUCUUCUAUGCUCAAUUAGUGUAAUUCAGUUCUGUGCCACUGCAUUUGGAUAUUAUGCCCAAGCUACUGCAGCUCAAGAAAUAUUUGGUCAUACAUUGCAAUCGCUUCGUGGGAUCGAAUAUUUGUACAAGUAUAAUGUAUUCCAAAUCGGGUUCGUUGUUCUAGCAGGGCUCACAUUUGUAUACUAUGCAGCUUUUGGAUGGAGGAGUAAAAAACCUAGCGCCAGAUUCCAACUUUCUACAUAAACAUGUACAGCUUUAACUCUGAAAUAUUCGAAUUUUAACUUUGUGGAGUGAUUAUCAUUAUUCUUUGAAAAAAUAGAUCUCGGAUGCAUUCCAAUGUCGGGAGGAAAGACCAUCUGACAAAAAACCCAUUAAAUUUUAUAUCACCAUUCUUUUAGGUGUUGCAGUUGCUAGUAUUCAUUGUCUUUCCACUUGUUCUUGGCAUGGUGUAUCUAUUUGUCUGA